AUGGACGAGGGGGGAGCACCCAAUGACUCCCGCCUCAAGCUAGGUCCAGGCGGCGCCGGAGUUGACCUCAUCGGCACCCUCCCGGACUCUCUGCUUCUCCAGGUCCUCGAUCGUCUCGGCUGCGACGCCGCCGCCACGCGCACGAGCAUCCUCUCCCGCCGGUGGCGCUACCUCUGGGCCCGCCGCCUCAAGGUCACCUUCGCCCUCCCCGACGUCCCAUACGAAGGACCCGACCUCAUCAGCGCCCUGCCAGACGAUCUGCUUCUCCAGAUCCUCGGCCGCCUCGGCUCCGUCCGCGCCGCCGCUCCCGCAAUCUGCGUCUCGCGCCGCUGGCGCGACCUCUGGACGCGCCUCCCCAAGGUAACCGUCGCCCUCCACGACGUCCCGUUCGGCUCGCUCGAGGCCGCGCUCGGCCGCGCUGCGGCUCAUCCCGGGGCGUGCCACUACCUCCUCGACAUCCGCGUCCCUGGGCAAGUCGACAGGGUCUACGCCGGCAGCCUCAACUCGCUGCUCCACGCCGCCGCCGCGCUCUCGCCUCUGGAGCUGCGCUUCACCCUCCCGCGUGACCUCACUGUCUCCGCCGCCAACGUCAGCCUGCCCUGCUUCCAGCGCGCCACCCACAUAGAGCUGCACGCGCGAGACCUCCGCUUGUCCCCGAAACAUAUCGGUGGCCUCUGUUUCCACUCGCUGGAGAGUCUCUCCCUUUCCGGAUGCCACAUUAACCUCGAAACCUUCAUCCCUAGGUUAGGCCGCCUGCGCCGUCUUUGCUUGAGCAUCAUCAAUUUGGUAGGCAUGGACAACAUCACCAUCCACUCGUCGUCGCUGGAGGAACUCGUCGUGGACCACAAGAACAGAUGGACAUGCCUUACAAGUAUCAGCGUCGAGGCACCCGUGCUUAAACAAUUGGCAAUGUCCUUCCAUGCCGGAAGCGAUGUCGCGGUGUCCAUCUUGGCACCAAUGAUGGAGAAGGUCUCGUGGCGGUGCUUGUAUACCAGUUUCAUUUACGGUCUUGGUCUUUGGGGAAUCUCGGAGGUGGGUUUAAAGACGGCAGAGAGACAUGAGCAGACCGACUCCCAGGAGGAAGACGCUUCUUUGCAGCUCCCAAGCGUCCUUGUCCUGUCCCUGCACAUGUGUGCCCAAGAUUUGCUUAGUUUUCCAAAUGCAGAGCUCGGCUUGGUUGCGGAGAUUGAUAAACAUAUGGUUACCGACUUCUCUAGAUUGGACCUACAUCUCAGAACAAAGGGAACCUUAAGAUCGUACUACUAG